AGUUAGCUUGCUGGAGGGUUAGGCCUGGGCAAUUUGUCGCCGGGACCGCGGAUUAUCCGCGCGGCUUCAAUCUCCCACAAAGUGAGGCGGACCGAUCGACGGCGUCUGUUUCGUUCUCGACCGACCGAUGAUGCUUACUCUCGCCAUUCUGGACUCUUCGUCACCGCAACUAUGCACCCGCCCCCUUGAUCAUGGUGCAUUGUGUCUGUCGCCUUCGAUCUCCGCUGUUUAUGGCCGUCCGUUCACUUUGGAAUUGUUGUUCCGGACAAUCGCCUGCAUGUUUCAUUAUUUCUUUUGCUGCUGUACUGUACAUUACUUGUGCCAUAUCUCGGGUUUUGGUGUUUUGCUCCAGAACAUCGCUUGCGAGGGGGUUGCCCGGGUGCGACCCUUGUCUGUCAGCAACCUUCUAGAACUAGGGCUAUCUUCCCUAGGCCGUGUGCCCGUGGCUACCUCGACAUCUUGUUCUUGAUUUCUUUUCGCUGUCCUUUUUGCUAGUUUUGGUGUUAGGUGUUUCCUACUGGACUUUGGGGAGUUCUGUUUCGAUUAUGCCAUCUCACGCCGCAUCAUGUCAUGUCAUGUCACUCCUUUAUUUGCUCGCUUCUGCAUUUCGCCUAUGCGGAAGCACGAAUGCCGCAACUGCCUGCUGCAUGCAGUACUCAUGACAGUCUGCGAU